CCUCCAUUUGCUUCACUCAGCUCCAAGCGCUACAGCCGGUCGGUGGAGGGGUUUAAGUUUAAAAAUCUUCACGUAACAUGCUUUCUGUUCGCAUUGCGGCGGCCGUGGUCCGCACCCUGCCUCGACGGGCCGGUUUUGUUUCCAAGAAUGUAGCUGCUGCUUGCGUUGGGGCAAAGAAUCUUCAUACCGCGACACCAUGGAUGCAGAAAAUAGGCACAGCCGAGGUUUCCAGCAUCCUGGAGCAGAAGAUCCUGGGGGCGGACACCAGUGCAGAUCUUGAGGAGACCGGCCGAGUGCUAUCAAUCGGAGACGGUAUUGCCCGUGUGUAUGGGUUGAGGAAUGUGCAGGCCGAAGAGAUGGUGGAAUUCUCCUCUGGCCUGAAGGGUAUGUCUCUGAACUUGGAGCCUGAUAACGUUGGUGUUGUGGUGUUCGGUAAUGACAAGCUGAUCAAGGAGGGCGACAUUGUGAAGAGAACCGGCGCCAUUGUGGACGUGCCUGUUGGGGAGGAGCUCCUGGGCCGUGUUGUUGACGCUCUGGGAAAUGCCAUUGAUGGCAAGGGUCCUCUGGGCAAUAAGCAGCGUAGGCGCGUUGGACUGAAGGCGCCCGGCAUCAUCCCCCGUAUCUCUGUGCGGGAGCCCAUGCAGACCGGCAUCAAGGCCGUGGACAGCCUGGUGCCCAUCGGGCGUGGCCAGAGAGAGCUGAUCAUCGGGGACAGGCAGACUGGCAAAACUGCCAUUGCCAUCGACACCAUCAUAAACCAGAAGCGGUUCAAUGACGGCACUGACGAGAAAAAGAAGCUGUACUGCAUCUACGUGGCCAUUGGGCAGAAGCGCUCCACAGUGGCCCAGCUGGUCAAGAGGCUCACCAACGCUGAUGCCAUGAAGUACACCAUUGUGGUGUCAGCCACGGCCUCGGACGCUGCCCCUCUGCAGUACCUGGCCCCCUACUCUGGCUGCUCCAUGGGCGAGUACUUCAGGGACAACGGCAAGCACGCCCUCAUCAUCUACGACGAUCUGUCCAAGCAGGCUGUGGCCUACCGGCAGAUGUCCCUGCUGCUGCGCCGCCCCCCUGGCCGUGAGGCCUACCCCGGCGACGUCUUCUACCUGCACUCCCGCCUGCUGGAGAGGGCCGCCAAGAUGAACGACAACUUUGGGGGCGGUUCCCUCACCGCCCUGCCCGUCAUCGAGACCCAGGCCGGUGACGUGUCGGCUUACAUUCCCACCAACGUCAUUUCUAUCACUGAUGGGCAGAUCUUCCUGGAGACGGAGUUGUUCUACAAGGGUAUCCGCCCUGCCAUCAAUGUGGGUCUGUCUGUGUCCCGUGUAGGUUCUGCUGCCCAGACCAGAGCCAUGAAGCAGGUGGCUGGUACAAUGAAGCUGGAGCUGGCCCAGUACCGCGAGGUCGCUGCCUUUGCCCAGUUCGGUUCUGACUUGGACGCCGCCACCCAGCAGCUGCUGAACAGGGGCGUGCGGCUCACUGAGCUCCUGAAACAGGGACAGUAUACUCCCAUGGCCAUUGAGGAGCAGGUCACAGUUAUUUAUGCUGGUGUGAGGGGUCACCUGGAUAAGAUGGAACCCAGCAAGAUCACCAGAUUUGAGAAGGCCUUCCUCCAACACGUCCGCAGCCAGCACCAAGAACUGCUUGCCACUAUUAGGGCUGAUGGAAAGAUCUCCGAGGCAUCGGAUGCCAAGCUGAAGGAAGCUGUGCUCAACUUCUUGUCUAGCUUUGAGUAACGUUUCCCUGUGUUGCUCCUGUCAUGUCUGUUUGCAUAUAGUGCUCCCAGGUUUAAGUUUAUACAAAAGUCAAAAUUCAAGUGGCACUUGAAUCCUCAAUGUACAUAAGUCUCCUAACAGAGAAUAAAGUGUUCUACUCCA